AUGGUGGGAGGACAGUCCUGCCGCCAGUGCGAAGUCUACCAGGAGCGGUUAGACUCGCUGCGUUCCGACUACGAAGUUCUGAAAGAAGGACCCUUUCUUCCGCCUUUUGGAAAGCCAAAAGAAGUAGAAGAGAUCAAGGAAGAGGGCCUAGCCGAGCGAAACCGCGUCUUGGAGCAGCGACUCACUCAGGAACGCUCGCGCGCGGCCGAACUAGAUGAGUCCCUAAAGGCGGCGUUGAGUGAGCUCCAGAUCCAGAAAGACCUGAACCACGAGCUCCAAGAGAAAUUGUACCUUGGCGGACACAUUUUGGAGAACGCUUAUCACCUACAGCAGCACGAAAACGUCGAGCGAAAUGCACAGCUACACGAAAAAAUCGAACGCCUGAGCAAGGACUGUGGCAUCCUCAGAAUAGACCUAGAGCAGCACGAUGUUAAACAUUCCGAGAAACUUGAAAAGGCGGUGCAAAGGGAGCAGGUGCAUCUUGAUACCAUCAAAGCGCAAGAACACGAGCUAGAAACGACGGGAAAACAGCUUUCUGCGGCCAGAAGCGAUAUGCUUUUGAUGGAGGACAAAAUUACCACCCUAACACGCAUCGUCAACGACCACGAAUCGGAAAACGACCAACUUCGAAUGGAGCUCACCGAAGCCUUCCGCGCCAAAAGUCAGCUCGAGCGAAUGCUAGAGCAGUACAAAGACGAUUUAGCUCGUCGAGAGACUGAACCACGUAUCGAUAACCUUUUGCUGAACGACGAGGAAUACGUCCAGAACGUCUCUUCGAAACCCAUGUCUAUUCCGGAACGGCUUCUUAUCCAUCGUUUUUGA